AUGGGCUUUACGUUUCUCUUUGUAAUACUACCAACGGUUUUUUGUGCUCGACAUCACUCGUCUUCGGGGGAACGCAGGAAACCAGGAAAAUCACGUGAAUCUACCUCCACCCUAAGUGCUGCGAAAACGCCAAUGGAAAAACCAGAAGCGAGGACGAAAAAAAGGUUUGACCCACUAAGUGCCGUCAUCACAACGACUUCCGUUCAUCUUCUCUACGUUAAAGAAACGUUGCGGUUACAGCAGUGA